GAGAGGAGGCGCAUGGUGUAAGGUGGUUGCUACGAAACAUCGAUAAUUCCAGAGGCGCACACUGGAUAAACUCUGUGGGACAACGCCGCCAGUGGCAUCGUAUCCGCCGCUUGAUGUGGACCACCGUUUUUCCGCUUUCCAUCCGUGUGAUCAUAACUGCUCUCGUAUGCACGCGUGUAAAAUAACUGUCAAUAAUUAAUCAUUCAAAUUAUAAACAAUAGUCGAUUUAACUGUAUAAUAUACGUUUUUAAUAAAUAAACCACCGCCGUUUCCGUAGACGUACGUGUGUGAGAACAAUUUCCGCCGUUAGAUCUGUUAUGCACGGAAAGUUACAAUAAUGUUCGGUUUUUUUUAAUAAUAUUGUUAUUUUUUUCUCACCGAUCAAUGAAAGAAACAUGAACCAUUUGGUGGACCCAAAAAAUUGUAUGGUUAAGGGUGAAUUCAUACCGUGCACUGCAGUCGAAAACGACUUAAUAAUGACGGGCUACGACGAAUUUUGAUCCGGCGGCCGGUCAACAAGACCGCGACGAGUAUCAUAUGGCCCUGCUCGGAGCACUUGCGGCCACCGGCAGUAGACGCCAGGGCUGCGUGCUGCGGGCGGCGGCCGACGCGAUAACGUUCUACUGCGGCGGCGACGUGGUCAGUGUCGGCGGCAGCAGUGGCGGCGGUGGCAGCGGUGGCAGUGGCGGCGACGGUGCAGCCGCCGAAUACGACGGGGCCGCGGCCGCGUCCGGCCGGUCGUCCGCCGCCGGCGAUCGCGGACUCGGCGACUACUUCCGGCGGCCCGUCCGGUCGGUGGCCAUCGGCGACGGCGGUUCCGGGGCCGGCGGCUACUACUACGGCACCGAAAACGGUUCGUCGGCGGCCGCCGUGCUGGCCAACGCGACGGCCGGCGUGGAACCGUUCCUGAACGGUUCGUACAAUCACACGCUCGGCGCCGAGGUAGAGGACCUCACCAAUUACAUAUUCGUCAUCACCAUCGGCAUAAUAUUGGGCGCGAUGAUACUGACGACCAUUUGUGGUAACGCGUUGGUGAUAGCAGCAAUUUUGUUGGAGAGGAAUUUACAAAACGUGGCCAACUACCUCAUUGUCUCGCUAGCGGUCGCCGAUUUAAUGGUAGCAUGUUUAGUCAUGCCCUUAGGAGCUGUUUAUGAGGUAUGUGCUGCAUGAUUCACAAAUUUAAUUUAUUGUUGAUUUGAAUAAUUUUUAAAUUCGAAUAGAAUUUUAACAUUUAUUUUACUAUUCAGUAAGACUAGUAGGAGUAUUUGAUUACACAAUUAAAUUUAAUCGCAAUUCACGAAAGCUUACUAUUUUACGGAAGCUUUCCAAUUAUUGCGCCUUUUCAUAAACCAAUAAAAUUGCGCUCGGUUAUUUUCGAGGCUGAUA